AUGUCGCGCCGUGGUGUUGGCCUUGGGGCCUUUGUCAACCGAAACCAAACCACUCAAUCAUAUGCCACUCAUGGCGCCAACCUCCGUUCCACGCACCUCGCCUCACUCCAAACCCAGCUUUCCGUCUUCCAGUCAUUGCUACACACCUUUGCCCUGGAGCACAGCUCUACAAUCAAGUCCAACCCAACAUUCCGAGCCGAGUUUGCUCGCAUGUGCAACACUAUCGGGGUCGACCCUCUGGCUGCAAGUAAUAUCAAAGGCAAGAAUGGCCGCCGUGGACUAGGCGAAGGAGGCAGCUUCUGGACCCAAAUCCUCGGCGGGGAUAUGAACGACUUCUACUUUGAAGUUGCAGUUCGCGUCGUAGAACUGUGCCGAGAAACCAGAAGUGAGAACGGAGGGUUGAUCGGGGUUGAAGAAUGUCGCAAGCGUGUUGGCAAGGGCAAGGCAAUUGGUAGUGGGCUGGAGGUUUCGGCUGAUGAUAUUCUUCGCGCGGUUCGAUCAUUGGAACCUCUUGGAUCCGGUUUCUCGAUCGUCGAUGUUGGAUCCAAAAGAUAUAUCCGAUCCAUCCCAAAGGAGCUCAACACAGACCAGGCCACUGUCCUCGAAGUGAUUCAGGUUUUGGGAUUUGUGAGCGUUUCGAUGUUACAACUCAAUCUCAACUGGGAAAAAGCUCGUGCACAAACAGUGAUUGAUGACCUAGUCGCGGAUGGCCUUGUCUGGUUGGAUGCCCAGGGGACAGAGAAAGAAUACUGGUCGCCUCAAAAUCUACUUGAUGACAGUGGAUGA